UUAUGAUAAUACUGUAAUAAACUACUGUAUCAAUAAUAUUUACACAAUAUAUUUGCUCCUGUCGCUUCGCUCCUUGAAUUCUUGCAGUAGAAACGAAAUGCUUAUUUAGAUAACAUCGAGCAAGGGAACUGAGCGGUUUUUGAAAUAUUGCAGUCAUGGUGGUUCUGAACCGUGUUACUCUGACCUUUGAGAACAAUGUACCCAAACUGCGCGAAAACGCGGUGGAAAAGGAGGAAUCGCUUGCAGCUGUUCCCAGUACCAAAACACAUUUACAUUUGGAAAGUCAAGGAAUCACGGAAAUUGGUGAACUCAGCCCGUAUCCACGCCUGCGCGUGCUUUACCUUUUCGACAACAAGAUCAAGAAGAUUGCAAACCUGGAUUUUUCGCCUAACCUCACCCAUUUGUAUCUGCAGAACAAUCGUAUCUUCACCAUUGAAAAUCUGCACUGCCUACCACAUCUGCAGAAGCUGUUUUUGAGUGGAAAUUACAUUACCGUAGUUGAAGGACUAGAAACCAACAGUCAGCUUAACGAACUACAUGUUGAUCACCAGAAGCUAGCGGAUGGAGAAUCACUUGUUCUGGAUCCACGUAGUGCAUCGAUGCUGCAGAGAUGUCUGCUGACCCUGGACAUUUCUGGCAACAACAUCCGGGAUUUAGGAAAUUUCCAACACUUGCGGAAUCUGACCGGCUUGUUCCUUUCGGAUAACCAGCUGGCAAAUAUCAACUUGUUCCUCACCGUUCUGGAGAAGCUGGCCGACCUUAGAUAUUUGCGUGUAUCUGGAAACCCUCUCUCAAAAACCAUGCGAUACCGAGAAAAGAUCAUCAUGGCUACUUCAUGUCUUGAAAUCCUUGACGGCAAGACAGUUUCGGCCCAAAAUAAGCAGUUUCUAAGUAGUAUGUUACAUUCUCGUCAUCCGUUUCCUCCGUGCGAGGUACCGUCUGGCAUGCGUUCGUCGGACAUGAAUGCCAGAUCAUUUAACGGAAUGGACGGACUGUUGCUACCAAAUGUUGUUAGUGGAACUAAGGUCACCGAUCGAAUAAGGACAGUGGCCGACGGCGAUGGCCCAGUGCGGUGCGCGAUGCCGGCGAGAAGUGCUCCGAAACUGAGAAAGAUCCCCAGCGCAAUGCUGGCGCAGCAAGAACAGAUUCUUCGGAAGCUGCAACUCAGAAUGUAAGCCGAAUGGAUUUCUUAAAACCACCGGCAUUUACAAAAAUUAUUAGUGCGUUUUCGUUAUACUGAAGCUCUUUAAGCAUUGGUACUGAUUAGUGACGUGAGCCGUUUCAGAAUAAAGGAACGACAGAAAAAUUCGUUUCAUUGUUAAUUUGCCUUUACUGGGCGGGUCUGUGACAUACUUGUAUUGUCAUAUUGCCGUUGAAAAUGUACGUGGUUACUUGAUAUUUUCGUU